GCUCUCUAGCCUUUGGCUGGGUGCAACUUCCAUUUUAGGUGUUGGAUCUGAGAGAAAAAAAAAGAGAGAGGGAGAGAGAGAAAGAAGAGUAGGAAAGAUCCUGAAAGGAGGAAGAGGUGGCGAAAAAUCAACUACCUUGCUGGAUUUGUCUUUCUCAGCACAUUGACGAAGCCUUGGGUUUCUUUCUUAAAGGACUGGUUUUUAGAAGUCCACAUUUGAGAGAGUUUGAACGGCCCAGAUCGGUUUCAGCCUUGCUGUUCCUGGGUGGAUCCCUCUUACUUUUCCAGCCAUUUUACAGUAGAACAAAUCAUUCCAGGGACUGUGCUAUAGCUCUCUCCUUCCUGCUUCCUCCUUGCUGUGGUGGCUGGGAUGCUUCUUCCAUGAUUUUUUGAAUCUAGACUGGGCUGUUCUCUGUGUUAAACCAAUCAAUUACGACCUCCUCUUAACAGUGUGAAGUGAGGGGGCCUUCUCCCUCCUUCCUCCUCCCUCUGUGAUCCACCUUCCUUUUUACCCUGCCGUGCGGCGGCUCUGCCCCUUACCUUCAUGGACGACUCAGAGGUGGAGUCGACCGCCAGCAUCUUGGCCUCUGUGAAGGAACAAGAGGCCCAGUUUGAGAAGCUGACCCGGGCGCUGGAGGAGGAACGGCGCCACGUCUCGGCGCAACUGGAACGCGUCCGGGUCUCACCACAAGAUGCCAACCCACUCAUGGCCAACGGCACCCUCACCCGCCGGCAUCAGAACGGCCGGUUUGUGGGCGAUGCUGACCUUGAGCGACAGAAAUUUUCAGAUCUGAAACUCAACGGACCCCAGGAUCACAGUCACCUUCUGUAUAGCACCAUCCCCAGGAUGCAGGAGCCAGGGCAGAUUGUGGAGACCUACACAGAGGAGGACCCUGAGGGAGCCAUGUCUGUUGUUUCUGUGGAGACUUCAGAUGAUGGAACCACUCGGCGCACAGAGACCACAGUGAAGAAAGUAGUGAAGACUGUGACAACACGGACAGUACAGCCAGUCCCUAUGGGACCAGAUGGGCUGCCUGUGGAUGCCUCAUCAGUUUCUAACAACUAUAUCCAGACUCUGGGUCGUGACUUCCGCAAGAAUGGCAAUGGGGGACCUGGUCCAUACGUGGGGCAAGCAGGCACUGCUACCCUGCCCAGGAACUUCCACUACCCUCCUGAUGGAUAUAGCCGCCACUAUGAAGAUGGUUAUCCAAGUAGCAGUGACAACUAUGGCAGUCUGUCCCGGGUGACCCGCAUUGAGGAGCGGUAUAGGCCCAGCAUGGAGGGUUACCGGGCGCCUAGUAGACAGGAUGUCUACGGGCCCCAGCCCCAGGUUCGGGUAGGUGGGAGCAGCGUGGAUCUGCAUCGCUUUCAUCCAGAGCCUUAUGGGCUAGAGGAUGAUCAGCGUAGCGUAGCCUACGAUGACCUGGAUUACGGCAUGAUGUCUGAUUAUGGCACUGCCCGUCGAACUGGGACACCCUCUGACCCUCGCCGACGCCUCAGGAGCUAUGAAGACAUGAUUGGUGAGGAGGUGCCAUCGGACCAGUACUAUUGGGCUCCUUUGGCCCAGCACGAACGGGGAAGUUUAGCAAGUUUGGAUAGCCUGCGCAAGGGAGGGCCCGCACCCCCGAAUUGGAGACAGCCAGAGCUGCCGGAGGUGAUAGCCAUGCUAGGAUUCCGCUUGGAUGCCGUCAAGUCCAAUGCCGCUGCGUACCUGCAACACUUGUGCUACCGCAAUGACAAGGUGAAGACCGACGUUCGGAAGCUAAAAGGCAUCCCAGUACUGGUGGGAUUGUUAGACCACCCAAAAAAGGAAGUGCACCUUGGAGCCUGUGGAGCUCUCAAGAAUAUCUCUUUUGGGCGUGACCAGGAUAACAAGAUUGCCAUAAAAAACUGUGAUGGUGUUCCUGCCCUUGUGCGAUUGCUCCGAAAGGCUCGCGAUAUGGAUCUCACUGAAGUCAUUACUGGAACCCUGUGGAAUCUUUCAUCCCAUGACUCAAUCAAAAUGGAGAUUGUGGACCAUGCACUGCAUGCCUUGACAGAUGAAGUGAUCAUUCCGCAUUCUGGUUGGGAGCGGGAACCUAAUGAAGAUUGUAAGCCACGCCAUAUUGAGUGGGAGUCGGUGCUCACCAACACAGCUGGCUGCCUUAGAAAUGUCAGCUCAGAGAGGAGUGAAGCUCGCCGGAAACUUCGGGAAUGUGAUGGUUUAGUGGAUGCCCUCAUUUUCAUUGUUCAGGCUGAGAUUGGGCAGAAAGACUCGGACAGCAAGCUUGUGGAGAACUGUGUUUGCCUCCUUCGGAACUUGUCGUAUCAAGUUCACCGGGAGAUCCCACAGGCAGAACGUUACCAAGAGGCCCCUCCCAGUGUUGCCAACAAUACAGGGCCACAUGCUGCCAGUUGCUUUGGGGCGAAGAAGGGCAAAGAUGAGUGGUUCUCCAGAGGGAAAAAACCCACAGAGGAUCCAGCGAAUGAUACAGUGGAUUUCCCUAAAAGAACUAGUCCUGCUAGAGGCUAUGAGCUUUUAUUUCAGCCAGAGGUGGUUCGGAUAUACAUCUCACUUCUCAAGGAAAGUAAGACUCCUGCCAUCCUAGAAGCCUCAGCUGGAGCUAUCCAGAACUUGUGUGCUGGGCGCUGGACAUAUGGUCGAUACAUCCGCUCCGCUCUGCGUCAAGAGAAGGCUCUUUCUGCCAUUGCUGACCUCCUGACCAAUGAACAUGAGCGAGUGGUGAAAGCUGCAUCUGGAGCACUGAGAAAUCUGGCCGUGGAUGCUCGCAACAAAGAAUUAAUUGGUAAACAUGCUAUUCCCAACUUGGUAAAGAAUCUGCCAGGAGGGCAGCAGAGCCCUUCCCAGAAUUUCUCUGAAGACACCGUGGUCUCUAUUUUGAACACCAUCAAUGAGGUUAUUGCCGAGAACUUGGAGGCUGCCAAAAAGCUUCGAGAGACACAGGGUAUUGAGAAGCUGGUGUUGAUCAACAAAUCAGGGAACCGCUCAGAAAAAGAAGGUCGAGCAGCAGCACUUGUAUUACAAACAAUCUGGGGCUAUAAGGAACUGCGGAAGCCACUGGAAAAAGAAGGAUGGAAGAAAUCAGACUUUCAGGUGAAUCUAAACAAUGCUUCUAGAAGCCAGAGCAGUCAUUCAUAUGAUGAUAGCACACUCCCUCUCAUUGACCGGAACCAGAAAUCAGAUAAGAAACCUGAUCGGGAAGAAAUUCAGAUGAGCAAUAUGGGAUCAAACACAAAAUUGUUAGAUAACAACUAUUCCACACUGAAUGAGAGAGGGGACCACAGCAGAACACUGGAUCGAUCCGGAGAUCUAGGUGAAAUGGAGCCAUUGAAGGGAACACCCCUGAUGCAGGACGAGGGGCAGGAAUCUCUGGAGGAAGAGUUGGAUAUGUUGGUUUUGGAUGAUGAGGGGGACCAAGUGUCUUACCCCCCCAUGCAGAAGAUUUAGCACCACUAUCUCCGCUACAUCUGGGCUUAUAAUAUAUGUACUUUUAUUUUUUGGUGGUGAAAUGGACUGAUUUUUCCCUUUCUUCGCUGGACUAUUGUGCCAACUGCCAGGCUGCCUCCUGCCCUUAUAGCCCUAAGUGGCUGCCUUCUUUCCAUCAACUCCUAACUUUUUCCAGUGAAGCUUAGUUGUCCCUCCUCCCCUCUACAAAUCCCCUCCAAUUGCUCCUAAGAAGCCUUGACUCAGUUAUAUGCAUAUCUUGAGAAACUGCUGCAGAUUAGCUCUUUUUUGCCAGCUCUCCCUGGAACUCUUGGCCUUGUGUGGAAGGAGGGGAGAGAGUGGGAAUCUUCACUGGAAGCUGUGGGAAGAAUUGGAAGUUACGUGCUAUAUAUGCAGUGUCCAGCAAUGCAUAAACCGAUGAUUCUUAAUCAAGAUUUUUUUUUUCCUGGUGGGGAAGGGAUUUUUUAUGUUUUUGGAGAAUGGGAAGUGCAAGCUCUUCCCUUAUUCCUAAUGACUAUUUUUGAAGCAAAGAAGGCCGGCAACCUUGGCACAUUCCAUCUGGCAAGGGCUCUUAAGUAAGUGAAGGUCUCCUAGAACUGAGAUUAAGAAACCUUGCUCUCCUCAUCUCCAGGGCAGGGACCAUCAAGGAUCUACAGACUCCAUCUCUUCUCCAAGCCUCAUGUCAACCCUGGGCUGCUGUCACUGCCCCUUACUGAGGCUGUCCUUAACCCUCCUCUCCCAUCCUGUGAUAAUGUCUGCUGACUUGGCCUGGCCAUUUCCAAGAGGCUAUAGAAAGAGGAGACUGUGUCAAGGAAGACUUUUUGGGUGAGAAGGAGCAGAAAGAUGUCUUAUGGGGAGGAGAAAAACUUACUAAGAGGAGCUAAUAGGAAUGUACAAGAAUCACUUAGUCUGAAACUGGCAGGAAGCUUCAAAGCUGGCUUCCCCCACCCUUAUUUCUCCUUUUUCUACCCUUGGAGCCCUAUCCUCCCCUGCCUCCUCCCUUGACUGGGUGGCUAACUAAAGGACUUGAUGUACAUACUCCUGCCCCCUUUACCCUUUAAAAGGUGAGAUUGCCCCUGGCUUUGCCUCUUCUUUGUGCCUUUGGCCUGGGGUGCAUCUCCUCCUUCCCUUCCAUGUGCCUUUCUUUGCCUCUGCAGUCUCAUUUUUCAUGAUUUUGCAAAUUAUAUUUUGUUGCUUUCUUACCCACUAUUGGCCCUAAAUAAGCAGAAAGAAGAGAAGAGGUGACCUAGAGAACCUCAGAUUCUCCACUGGGAAUUGGUGUAGCCUCUAAUUUCAGCCAUCACAAGCUUUUGCUCAACAUUAUAUGGUUGGGAUUUUGCAAAAAUCCUGUUCUGAUGAAUCUCAAAAUGAGGUUGGUGGGAGGAGGUACGACUCUUACCCCUCAGUUGCCCAGAAUUUACCAUCAUCUCUGAAGGGGUUAUAGGGAAGUCGUGUCCCCCCCACCCCGAACCUCCUCCUUUCAGUUUAAUGUAUAGUAGCAGGUUGGGCUAGAGGAAUCAGCUGCUGUGCUGGUUGAUUUUUUUUUUUUUUUAAACCUUUUUCUUUAUUUGCCUUUUACUCCUCCCCUUAAUCUAAAGCUCUAUUCAGUGCAACUGGAAAUCUUUAUCCUUCUCCUCUCUCCCCCUUCCCUUAUAUAUUGAGGCUAUGGGGUAGGAGAAAAGUGCACAAUCCACCAACCCCCUUCCCGUUCCCCUUCUCCUAUGCAUUAAAAUCCCUUAUUUACCCUUUCCCCCCUCCCAUUUCUUCCCACUCCUUUUCUGGCAAAAAGGAGCCUUUUCCUGUGACCCUAAGAGCAUACUGCACAGGGGAAUUGCCCCAUCCGGACCUGGCUCCACUCUUGGUUUCUCUUGUCCUCUUCUGCUCUUUUCCUGGUGCUCUUUUUCUCGGUGGGGUGUGGGUAAUAGAACAGUCGUGAGCUUUGGGGGACCUUUAACUAUUUUGUUUUUUCUUUUUUGUCUAUAAAAACACUAAACAUUCAAUUCCAGAGAACCAAAAAUCCCACCUUCCCACCGAACACUACUAAGGGGCAUGUCUUCUGCUCCAUACCUUUUCUGUUUUUCUUUCUCUCUUGUUAAUGCUUUUAAAAACAAAUGAGUUUUUUAUAUAAAUAAAGUUUUUAAAGUGUGUAUGUGGGGGUUCUGUGUCAUUUCUUCACUUCAAGCUAUAUCUCUUCUCUCCUUUCAUCUUGGUUACUUCCUUAUGUAUCAGUGUCCUUUUUCUCUGCAGAGCACCCAAGAAGAGGGUUAUACCAGGAUGGAUUUAUUUUGAGCUCAGUCCCAACUCUUAUCAAGCGACAUUCCUUUUAAUUAUAUAUGGAACGUUUUUCCUUUGAAGAUUCUUAAAAAUUAAAUGUGGCCAAGUAGAGCAUGGGAAGUUGAUCACUAACUUAGAGAUAGGAAACUGAAGUAUAAAGAAUUAAUGACUUCCUUAGUCACUGAAAUUCUUGUGCAACAUUGGACAAAACUAACACUGAAUAAAGCCCAUUGCAAUACAUGGCCCUCUUGAAUGUAACAUUUAUGGGUAGAAGAUUAGAAUGUACCAACUCCAACUGCCGUCCUAAUAAAUAUGAAAAUGUAGAAUUAAAAGGCUCAUGUAUAUAAGUACUGAACAGUGGGCCAUAAUGUUGCUUCUCAGGCUAUCUGCAGUCCUUUAAUAAGAAGACAAGGGACAGGCCUAUAGCUCCCUUUGGUGUCCUACCAAAUAAUACUUGGGUGGGUAGCAAAUACUUGUUGGAUUACCAGGGAUUGUCUUUACUGCAGAGGCCAAGGAUUAAGACCUGUGGAAAGAGACUUAUUUUUCUGGGGCCCAUAUUUCCUGUUAUAUAAUUAAAAGACUCGAGAAUUUAUGUAAAAUGCUUUUUGUAUGCCCGUUCUUUAGAUUAAACAUAUAUAGCUGCUUCA